AUGGCAGCACCUUCCCUCAACGGCUUUGAGUGUGACAAUACGAAUGACGGCAAAGAGAGCGAUGAGGAUUAUGGUGACGACUUGCACCGAGGGGCGGAUUAUUUGCGUGUCUUGGCACACGAAUCCCAGGAGGGUUUGAAUGCCGUCCCCACAAUUCCCGGCCUUGAGGAACCGUUGGCCUUCGCGCUGUCACCCGCCGUAAUUAGUGCCCCGUGCGUUGAGGCUGAUCCAUUUACCGUGGAGUUCACGCAGCAGCUCUCGAGUGGUUGUGCUGCUGGUCCCGCGUUGGCUCUUUCGCAUGUAUCUCAGGGUUGCCUGGCGUGUGAUUUGUUGUGUGUUGUCCGGGCCGCCGCCUCCAGUUUUCUUUUGCUGCCCAAUAAGAAACACUUUGCGUUGCGGUGGGUAUUUAUUUGCGUGGCCGUCGACGCGCGUGACGAUGCUCAACGGGUGUGUCUUUCGUUUGGCGGGCACGAGGGAGACUUCGGUGUGUGCCGACGCCUCCGCGAAAUUCUUUGUUGA